GUGUUGCAUAUAUAUCGUAGGCCUUCAUCAUAUGUAUAGUUUCUGUCGAGAUAGGCUGGAAAAGGAAAUCAUUAUGUGCCAUCUUGCUGAUUUUGAAUGUCUUAUUCAUGUACUCUGGUGAUUACCAGAUCAAACACAUCUUAUUUCAUGAAUUUACUGUUUAGUGGAGAGAUCAAGUAAUCAUCAUGAACUUCUGAAAUGUUUAUGCCAUUGGAUAUUGUAAAUCACCAUAGAUUCUACCAGACAAGAGGAAUGCAUACUUCCUGAUUGAAAUUAGAGGAUAUUCAGAAUUUGAUCCACUAAGACAUUAAAUGUCAACAUUUGUUGGUAAAUAGCUCCACUUUUCAUCCAUUGCUGCCAUUGAAGUCGCCUCGUGAUGGCGCUGCUGUCAUUAAAAGUGCACAUCGUUCAGGCUAAUAGCACCAAGACUAUUCAAUUUCCCCCCACUGACAGUGUCUAUGAUGUAUGCCGUACCAUCAGAGAAAAGAGCACCGAAGCUAAAGACCAAGCAGGCAACCCAAAUGAAUUUGGUCUGUUCUUAGCUGACGAAGAUCCAAAGAAAGGAGUAUGGCUGGAGCCAAACAAAACCCUAGAGCAUUAUAUGCUGAGAAGUGGGGAUGUGUUGGAAUACAGGAAAAAGAUCCGCCCCCUCAGGAUUAAAAUGUUAGAUGGAUCUGCCAAAACUCUUUUGAUUGAUGAUAGCAACACAGUGAGCCAGAUGUUGAUAACUAUCUGCACAAAAGUUGGUGUAACAAACUAUGAUGAGUAUUCAUUGUGUAGAGAUAUGGAGGAAGAAAUCAAGAAAGAUGGAGGAACCCUCAACAGAAGUACACUCAAAAAGGAGAAGAAGAAAGAUCCAGGAGCAUCCAUCUUGAGAGAUGAGAAGAAAAUGGAAACACUGAAGAGGAAGCUGCAUACAGAUGAUGAGAUGAAUUGGCUUGAUCACACGAGGACCCUUCGAGAACAAGGUGUUGACGAGAACGAGUGCCUCAUCUUCCGACGCAAGUAUUUCUAUUCUGAUCAGAAUGUAGACAAACGUGAUCCAGUCCAACUCAACCUCCUCUAUGUACAGUCACGUGAUGCUAUCCUGAAUGGGACCCACCCCUGCUCAUUAGAAGAGGCGUGUCUCUUAGCAGGUACUCAGUGUCAAAUACAAUAUGGUGAUCACAAUGAAAGCAAGCACAAGCCAGGAUUCUUGGAACUAAAGGAUAUGCUACCAAAGGAGUAUGUAAAGGUCAAAGGUGUGGAGAAGAGAAUAUUUGCAGAACACAGGGAAAUGAUAGGAAUGGCUGAGCUAGAUGCAAAAGUCAAAUACACCCAGCAUUGUCGAUCUCUGAAGACAUAUGGUAUCACCUUCUUCUUAGUUAAGGAAAAGAUGAAAGGCAAGAAUAAGCUGGUACCUCGUCUUCUGGGUAUCAACAGAGAGAGUGUGGUUCGUGUUGAUGAGAAGACCAAGGAGAUUUUGAAGACUUGGAAUUUGACGACUGUUCGCCGCUGGGCUGCAUCACCUAAGAGUUUCACCCUUGACUUUGGAGAUUACUCUGACUCCUAUUAUUCUGUACAAACCACUGAGGGUGAGGCCAUUGGAGCUCUUAUUGCUGGAUACAUUGAUAUCAUCCUCAAGAAGCAAAAAGGCAAAGAUCGAAUGGGUCUUGAAGGAGAUGAUGAAUCUCUAUUGUUUGAAGAGAAUGUGAGUGCUACUAAAGCUCGUAUUAUCCAGCUUCAGUCUAAUAAGAAGGGUCAUAUGACAGAGGGAUCUGUAGCUAUGCCUGGACUCAUGAGACCUGGUGGAAAUGCUGGGACAUUCACAACAGGUGAGAUGCAGACAGCUCAGCAAGCCAUGACUACAGGCUCGGCACGCCAGCAGCAUCAAGCACCAUUGGAUCAGGCUAAGAAGCCUGGUAUGACAUUAGCCCAACAGAACUUGAUGACCAAUAUCAAACAAGGAUUUACAGCAAUGGAAGAAGCAAGGAAUGACCUAGGUACACGGGCUGAAAUACCACCACUUGGAUCUGAUCAGGCAUCGAGACAAUGGAGAGAUAAUGAAAUGGAUGUGAACAAGCAGAACAUUCAGUCUCAGCUGAGUGCUAUGGCUGCAGCUACAGCUGGUAUCAUAAGUGAAACAUCAGGGUCUGCUGAUGAUACAGACUACACUACUGUUGGAUCUCAUGUUACAACAAUCUCAUCUAACUUGACCGAGAUGACUAAAGGAGUAAAGAUGCUUGCUGCAUUGUUGGGUGAUGAUGGAGAUAGCGAAAGUUUACUUGAUGCUGCUAGAAAUCUCAUGGAUGCUUUCUCUGAUCUUCUUAAAUAUGCACAGCCUGAUAGCCAAGAGCCUCGUCAGCACCUACUUGGAGCAGCCAAUCAUGUUGGAGAGACCCAGAAUGCAUUGUUACGCUGCAUGGGAAGCACUGGUGAUAUGGAUCCAAGAUUCCAGGAUGCUCUGUUAGCCCUUGCCAAAGCUGUAGCCAAUGCCACUGCUGCAAUGGUUCUCACUGCUAAGAAUGUUGCUUCCAAGACACAAGACCAAGAAUUACAGGAUAAAGUCAUUGCUUCUGCUACUCAGUGUGCACUAAACACUUCACAGCUUGUGGCCUGUACCAAGGUGAUUGCACCUACCAUUAGUAGUCCGGCUUGUCAGGAGCAGUUAGUUGAAGCAGCUAAAUUGGUUGCCAAGACUGUAGAGAAUGUGGUGGAUGCAUCCAGGCAAGCUACCGAUGAUGAAGGUCUCAUGCAGGAUCUUGGAGCAGCUGCUACCGCUGUUACUAAAGCACUCAAUAACCUCCUGGAUCAUGUCAGACAAGGUACUGGCACACAGAGGGCAGUACCACUCUUUGAUGAGGCAUGUGAGCGAAUCGUCACAGCAACAGACAAACUUGGCAACAGUGUUGGUAAUGCUGGUGAGAUGGUCAAGCAAGCUAAACUAUUGGCUAUGGCAACAUCUCAGCUGGUGAAUGCCAUCAAGGGUGAAGCAGAAGAUGUAGAAGGAGAUACUCAAAAGAGACUUCUAGGAGCUGCUAAACAACUCGCUGAUGCUACAGCUAAGAUGGUUGAAGCUGCUAAGCAAUGUGCUCAAAGUCCAAAUGAUCCUGUGAAACAGCAACAGCUGCUGGAUGCAACAAAAGACCUUCAUAUUGCUACUAAUGCUGCAGCUAACAAUGCCCUUAAGAAGAAACUUAUUCUCAAACUUGAGGUAUCUGCAAAGCAAGCAGCUGCCAUGGCCACUCAGACUAUCUCUGCUGCUCAAGGAGCUGGUCCAUCAAAUAGCAAUACUGCUGCCCAACAGGCACUCAUUGAUGAAUGCAAGAUUGUUGCUGAACAUCUUCCAGCAUUGAUCCAUGGUGUAAGAGAUUCUGUCAAUCAACCAGGUAGCUCCAGGGCUCAGAUCAGUCUUAUCAAUGCUUGCCAGAACUUUGUCCAGCCUGGGAACAAGCUUGUGACUGCUUCUAAGCAGGCUUUACCCAAUGUCAGUAACCCUUCAGCAGCCAUGCAACUAAGCAAUUGCUCUAAGAAUUUGAACACUGCCCUUGCUGAGCUGAAGAGUAUUGCUUCCAGGGCCCAAGAAGCAUGUGGUGCUAUGGAGAUUGAUAAUGCUAUAGAGAUGAUCCAUGGUUUAGAAGAUGAACUAGAUCAAGUGAAGAAGAAUGCCAGGGAUGGUAACUUACAUCGUCUACCAGGUGAAACGCCUGAAUACUGUGCCACUCAACUCAGCGCAACAUCCAAAGGUGUUGGUGCAUCAAUGGCCCAGCUCCUGACAGCUGCUGCCCAAGGUAAUGAGAACUACACUGGUAUGGCAGCCAGAGACACAGCCAAUGCUCUCAAGAACUUAAAGGGUGCUGUUAGGGGUGUGGUUGCAAGUACUGAUGAUCCAGAGGUCCAGGAGGGUAUCAUUGACCAUGCCAAGGAUGUCAUGGAUAAGUCUGCUAAUCUCCUAGACGAAGCUAAGAAGGCCCUGCAGAACCUUGAUGAUCCAGGAAAUCAACAGAGAUUAGCACAGGUUGCAAAGGCAGUGUCUCUUGCCCUCAAUAAUUGCGUGAACUGCUUACCAGGACAGCGUGAUGUGGAUAAGGCCAUCAGGGCAGUAGUAGAGUCUAGUAAAGGACUCAUGUCUGGCAAGUUGAGCAAGCCAUAUAAUCGUCACAGCUUGUCUAUGGAUCUCGUAUCACCUACGUCUAGUAUGACCCAAGAGGAUUUGAUGGCUUUGUUUUCAAGUCUGCCAGAAGGAACCCAGAGGAAUUAUCAGGAGCAUCAGAAUGCAUUGAACAGUGCUGCUCAAGGACUCAAUGUAGCUAGUGGAGAACUAGUGGUGGCUGCCAGAGGUACAACUGAAGAACUGGCUUUAGCAGCUAAUGAGUUCAGCAGGGAAUUCCAGGAAUUGAUGGACUCUGGUAUGGGUAUGGCCAGGACAGCUCCGACUGACGCACAGAACAACAUGGUGGGUAGUCUGAAGAACAUCUCAGUAUCAUCAAGUAAACUUCUCUUAGCUGUCAAGUCUAUGUCAGUGGAUCCUAAUGCCCCCAAUGCUAAGAACCUGUUGGCUUCUGCUGCUAGGCAAGUAACAGACAGUGUGAAUCAGUUAUUGAAUACAUUCAUGCAGAGUGCCCCUGGACAGAAGGAAUGUGAUAAUGCAUUACGUAAUAUUCAAACAAUCAAGUCUAUCCUUGAUAACAUCAAUGAACCAAUCAAUGACUGGACUUACUUUGAAUGUCUUGAUUCCAUCAUGCUCAAAUCAAAGGACCUUGGUGAAAGCGUGAAUGGUAUUGCUAAGACUGCCAAGGACGGUGAGCUAGAGAAGUUUGGUCAGAUGGUAGAUUCAGCAGGUCAGGCUGUUUGUGGACUCACCGAAGCUGCUGCUCAGUCUGCAUAUUUGGUUGGUAUCUCUGACCCAUCGAGUGUAGCAGGUAGACCAGGUCUUGUUGACCAGUCUCAGUUAGUUCGUGCCUUCCAAGCUAUUGAAUCUGCUUGUCAGAGCCUUCUUAAUCCAGAUAGCAACCAACAACAGGUUUUGGCUGCAGCAACAGAGGUUGCCAAACACACUUCAGCCCUGUGCAAUAUAUGUAAAGGUGCUUCUACAAAGACCAGCAACCCAGUAGCUAAGAAACACUUUGUCCAGUCAGCAAAAGAUGUGGCUAACAGUACCGCCAACUUGGUCAAGAGCAUCAGGGAACUGGAUGGUAACUUCUCUGAAGCAAAUCGUCGUAACUGCGGUGAAACGACGCGACCUCUUGUGGAAGCAGUUGAGAAUCUUAUCACGUUUGCUAGUUCUCCUGAGUUUGCCAGUGUGCCUGCCAAGAUUACACCACAGGCCCAAGUUGCAAUGACGCCUAUCGUUACAGCAGGCAAACGUAUGAUUUCUAGCUCUAGUGCCUUGAUCCAAACAGCCAAGCCAUUGGCUAUCAAUCCUAAGGAUCCUCCUACAUGGCAGCUAUUGUCCAAUCAUAGCAAGAAUGUAUCAGAUUCUAUCAAGGAACUCAUUGCAUCUAUCAGGGAUCGUGCACCUGGACAAAGAGAAUGUGAUGAAGCAAUCAAUAAAGUGAAUCAAUCAAUCCGUGAUUUAGAUCAAGCUUCUUUAGCUGCUGUUGGUCAGACUCUGCCUCCACAAGAAGGCUUGUCUCUCAGGGGCUACACUGAGAACCUGCUUAACAGCUUAGCACAGAUCAACGCUAAUAUUGAUAAAGUGGCUGCUGCAGCUAAAGGACAAGCAGAGCAACUUGGACAUGGGGUUACUGCUAUGGCAAAUUACUUUGAGCCUCUAACUCGGAAUGCCAUUGGGGCUGCAUCCAAAAGCAUAAACUCACAAAGACAGAGCGAUCUCUUAGAUCAAACCAAGACGGUUGCCGAGUCCUCACUCCAGCUUCUCUAUGUUUCUAAAGAAAGCGGUGGAAAUCCAAAGGCAUUACAGACCCAUGGAGCUGUAGAUGAAGCAGCUCAAGGUAGUAAGGAAGCAGUAGCUGAUCUCAUUGCAACCCUGGAGGAAGCAGCUAGUGAGUUUGGUGUUGUCAGUGGAAUGGUAGAUAGCAUCUCAAGAGCUAUCCUUGUGACUGAGCAAGCUGUACCAGAGAAUGAAGUUGGUGACUUUGUAGACUACCAGACAGACAUGGUUAAGACUACCAAGGCCAUCAUCAGAACAGCUCAAGAUAUGGUGUCCAAGGCUAAUAUUAAUCAGACUGGUGAACUAGGAACCUUAGCUAAUCAACUCCAGCAUCACUACAACAAGCUAGCUCAAAAUGCCAGGGGUGCACAGGCUUCCACCAAUCAAGAGAUGAAGUACCCAUCCCAAGAGGUUGCAGAGAGAAUCAAGAAGUCUGUGCAGGAUCUUGGCAAUUCUUGCAUUGGUUUGAUUAAAGAAGCAGGUAACGUGCAAGGUAACCCUACAGAUAAAAUUUCCAAGAAAGCACUAUCUGAUAAGGCUAGGGACACAUGUGAGAAGGCUAACUUUGUAAUGGCAGCAUUACAGGCUGGUUCGCGAGGUACUCAGGCUUGUAUUGAUGCAGCUAGUACAGUAUCUGGUAUCAUUGGUGAUCUUGAUACUACCAUUAUGUUUGCAUCAGCUGGUACACUCUCUGCUGAACCAGAUAUUGGCUCAUUUGGUGAUCACAGAGAGAACAUCUUGAAGACUGCGAGAGCUUUGGUAGAGGAUACCAAGACCUUGGUUUCAGGAGCUGCAGAUAGUCAGGAACAGCUUGCUAUUGCUGCUCAGUCUGCCGUUGGUACCAUUACACAACUUGCUGAUGUUGUCAAAUUAGGAGCUGCAACCCUUGGUGGAGAUGAUCCAGAUGGUCAAGUUCUUCUCAUCAAUGCUGUGAAAGAUGUGGCCUCUGCUCUGGGUGAUCUUAUCUCAUCAACCAAGAUGGCUGCAGGCAAGAGCAGUAAUGACCCAGCAAUGGAACCACUCAAGAACUCUGCUAAACUGAUGGUAACAAAUGUAACAUCUUUGCUGAAGACUGUGAAGAGUGUUGAAGAUGAAGCAACAAGGGGUACCAGAGCUCUUGAAGCAACCAUUGAUGCUAUUGUACAAGAAGCUAGGAUACUUGACACCGCUCCACCAUCAGAUUCACUUGCCUCUCCAGAAGAACUUAUCCGUAGUACCAAGCAAGUUACUCUGGCUACUGCCAAAGCUGUUGGAGCAGGUAACUCAUGUCGGCAAGAUGAUGUCAUCCAAGCAUCUAAUGUCUCCAGGCAGGCUGUCUUUGAAAUGCUUGACACUUGCAGGAGGGCAGCUCCUAUUGCUGAGAAUCCUGAGGUUAGGAACCGUACCUUGAUGGCUGGUCACCAGUGUGCUGAUGCAUUCAGAUGUCUUCUGGAACAAGUUCAUUCAAACAUUCAGAAGCCAACACCAGACGGGAAACAGAGACUUGUUCAACAUUCUAAGCGUGUAGCACAUACAGUCAGUGAGCUUGUUCAACAUGCAGAGCAACUCAAAGGUGCUGAUUGGGUGAACCCUGAUGAUCCUAAUGUUAUUGCUGAGAAUGAACUCCUUAGUGCUGCCAAUGCCAUUGAAGCUGCUGCAAAGAAACUAUCCCAGCUGAAACCACGUCAAGGUGCUAGGAAAGCAGAUGACAGUCUUAACUUUGAGGAGCAAAUCUUGGAGGCAGCUAAAGCCAUUGCUGCAGCAACAAGUGCUCUUGUCAAGGCAGCUGGCUAUGCACAGAGGGAAUUGGUUCAACAAGGAAGGGUGCGUGCUAACCCAUCACCCUACAGUGAAGAUGGUCAAUGGUCAAUGGGUCUGAUUUCUGCUGCUCGUAAGGUUGCUGCAGCUACACAAGGUCUGUGUGAAUCAGCAAACUCUGUGGUACAAGGUCAUGCUAGUGAAGAACGCUUGAUUGGAUCAGCCAAGCAAGUCGCUAGUUCUACUGCCCAACUCUUGGUUGCGUGCAAGGUCAAGGCUGACACCUUUAGUGAAUCCAUGCGAAGAUUACAGGUUGCUGGUAAUGCAGUAAAACGUGCCUCAGAUAACCUGGUAAAGGCUGCUCAACAGUCCCAGGAAGCAUCAGAAGAAUCACAAGGUGUAGAGAUUACAGACCGUAUGGUAGGUAACAUCGCAAUUGAGAUUGAAGCUCAGGAGGCAAUCUUGAAGAAGGAGAAGGAAUUAGAAGAAGCAAGAAGGAAACUUGAAAUAAUCCGCAAGAAAAAGUAUGCCAACAAACCUCCAUCAGAUGAAGAUUGAUUCUAACCACUUAUAGACAGUUCAUUAUAAAUAUUUUUAAGAAGAUCAAUGUUUUAGUUCUGUAUCUUUUUUGCAACAAUAUAAAAAAGUACAAUGAUAUUCAGAAUGGAUAACUUGUUUAGUGUUACUUCAAUGUGUGUAAGAUAUUCCUAUAUUUUGUUCACUUCUCUUAUAUCAAAAAAAUGUUUUAGCAUUAUGCACAUAAUUCAUAGACCCAAACCCAAGUUAUCUUGAGCAAUAGGUUAAUCACUCAUUUUUUUUUUCAUUGGUCUGAGCAGUUCAUUGAAUGGCAGAAGUGUAUCUUACGUAAACUAUAUCUCUUACACAUGGAAAAGAAAAAUUGCUGUAAAAAUGAAACAAAAAAUAAAACGUUUUUUUUUCUAGAGGUAUGUUGAGUGGACAAUGGUGUUGCUUUCCCUGUGAUAAGAUGGAUGGUCAAAUAUCGAUGUAUUUUGUGUUACAGAAAUUUUGAAACAAAAUGUUUUCUAUGAAAAAUGUAAUGCUCUGCGAGUCUGCCUACCCCAUGUGUGUAUUCUUAAAUUAGAAGAAAAAAUGGGAUGAUCAAUACCAAUGUCGCCAUGCUUGUCAUUUAGUAUAUUGUGUAGAUUUAGAAAUAAAUAAUGUUUUAGAUCAUAUUAUUGCUUUCGAUUAUGUUACAUAGAUUAAUGAAUUAAAUCUCUAUGGUGUUGAUGAUUUAGACCUACACAAACUGCGACAUGUUUUGUCUAUGGCAGAAGCUGUGACAUAUCUUGUCUACGGCAGAAUCUGUGACGUAUCUUGUCUACGGCAGAAUCUGUGCCAUGUCUUGUCUAUGGCAAAAUCUGUGCCAUGUCUUGCUGCAGGAAUCCUCCUCAGCGUCUUUUUCUCUCUAAUCCUCCCAUUUCAGCACUUAAGUAGAGAACAAUAAGGAAUAUGGGGAAAACCAUUUUGAAAUACACUGAGUGGGAUUUCUGCUAAAAGAUGUUCAGACUUUUUAAGGUGCCUAAUAGUGCUUUUGUAAUGUAGUAAAAUUAUAGAUAUUCAUUAGGUGUGAAAUUAUGUUAUUGUGGACUAUUUGUAUGUUCACCCAAGAUAUGUCUGACCUGUGGUGCAGCAUUAUACAUUGAAUCUUAUUUUUUAUUUGUGUCUACUGUAGCAAAAUAUCCAUUGAUUAUUAUUUCAAUUUAUUUGAAGACUUACAAUGACAUAACUUACUCUGAUAUUAGAUUUCCUGACUGGUGGUAUAUUGUUGAAGAUAAAUCUAAUCAUGAGUAUAUAGUGAGUUAGGCCUGAAUGACAUAGUUUAAUUAUUGUCUUCCAUCUUCAGGCUUUAAAUAUUUUUUUCUUUCAGAAAUAAGUUUACAAGUUUGAUUGAAAAGGGCAGAUAAUGAAGAUUUUCUUUUUGUAAAUUUUGUCAAACAUUAUUAUAGCUUCCAUGUCUGAUGCUUUCAUUCAUAUCACAUUUUGGAUGAUAACAAUCUGAUUGUUAGUGUGUGCGUGUCUAUGUAUAUAUCUGCCUUUCAUGUGGUGUAUUAAUGAUAAAAAUUAAAUAAAUGUUAAUUUUGAUCCCUUUCUCUAUUUCUAGCUUAGAUUUUAUGGAGUUUUCUAACUCACUCUCUGUGUUAAAGAAAAAUAUAGAAAAAAAAUUUCUGCAAGUUGCAUCUCGAAAUGUGUAUUGGUUCAAUUGUAUGAUCUGUAUGUAAGAAGAUUGCUAGUAUUUAUAUAGUAUGUUCUGUUUUGUUUACUGUACAUGUUUGAAAUAUCAAGUUUUAUUUUAAAUUAUAAUAUGGUCUAUAUCCAAUUUGUAGAGUUGCAUUAAUAGUGAAAACUUGUACUUUAUUUUUUUUUUUUUCGUUUUUUGCUACUCAUUUUUUCAUUGGUCAUAAGCAUCAACAAGUUUGAUUUUGGGGGAAAAGUGAUACCAUGAUUGUUGUGACAUUUGAAAAUUAUUCUUCUAGAUGCUAAAACAGAUCAUCAAACUAUCCCAAGAUCACUGGGUGAAAUAUAAAUGCUCUCAAGAUCGUGUUUGUCAUUAAUUGUUGAGAGAACAAUAUAUUUUCAUAUUAGAUAGAGCAUGUCUGUGAAGUUGUAUGUUUAUAAUGUAUAUAUAUUUUGUUACCCCUCUGAAUGCAAUUGGGAGUAUGUGAUUAAGACAUGUGGAUAUCAAGUAAAUGAAUAUGCAAGAAUUAUAAGAUGCUAUCACAAAAGAACGCUCACCUGUUCAUUGAAGCAGCAAAUUCUACAUUGUAUGAUUUAUUGUCAUGUUCAGAAUCACUCACAUAGCUCAGAUGGAUGCACAGUUUAACAUAAAACAACGAUGAUGAUGAUUAAAUAAUUGUGACAACUUGCUGUUAAUAAUGUCAUGCAGCAAGCACUCAGAAUCUCUAUAUGCACUGAAUGGUAAAUGGUUGAAAAUAUAUCUCUGAAGGUUGAUGGUAAUGAACAGCAAAGCAUUUCAUUUGUAUAUGACAUUACCACAAGAAACAAAACACACACACAUAAAACAACUAAGUGGUUUUUAGCUUUUAUAACAUUUACUACUUGAAGACAAGUUAGGAGAGUACAAAGAUAAUAUAUUGACUUUGGAAUGACUUAAUGGAAUUCAAGUUGAAUAACAAAUCUUGGAUAUGUAAAUGAAGAUAAUUUGUUGCAAAUAAUGGUAUAGCACACAACGUUGGUACAUGAUAUGUGAUUAUGUAUGCAGUUAGUAUUGCCUGUGCUCAUUAAUUGCCUAUUGUAAAUAAUUUCCAGCUCUUGAGCAAAGAAAAAAAACAUUUAUCUCUAAAUGUUAUUCAAACAAUUUAUAUCUUUAUGUAAUGACAUAUUUAGUUACACCUGCUCAAAGCUUUAGCUUUCAUUUUUUGUAGUUUGGAAUGAAUUGUUUUCAUCCUAGUUUUAUUAUCACUAAGCUAUAUAUUAUUUGCAUGGAUGCUUGAUGUGUUUGGGUCUAAUUAGUUUGGGUUACAUCUAAUUCAUUAAUUUCUUUUUCAUGUGUGUUUCAACAAAUUUUUAUGAUUUUUGUAAUUACAUUAUCAAAGAAUUAUGAAUAUACUUUGAUAUAACUGUCAAAACUAAUAGUCAUUUUCUAUGAUUAUUUUUUUUUAAUGACAGAAAAACAGUUUAAUAAUUCAUGAAACAGAUUUAAGACAGAACAAAGUUACAAAAUUGUGAUUCAGUCUAUUAAUUAUAAAAUAGUAUCUCUUUCUUAACUCUCUCUUGGAUUUACAUGAUAUAUCACAUAUAUGCCUGUAUGAUAUUCACGUUUUUUGAAAUAAAAACAAAAAUACAUCAAGGAACAUUUAUACAUAAAUGAA